GACAAAAAAAAAACUUGUGUCAAACCAUCUGUUUACGUGACAAGUGCUCUCUCUAUAAAUAAAAUAUAAUAAAAGUUUAUAAAAUAAAUAAAAUAAUGGAAAGUGUCGAAGAAUUGAAACUAAAAAUCCAACAUCUUGAGCAAGAAUUAUCGCAAGAACGUAAUAAAAAUGUGAUAUCGCGUAAAAAAAUAGAUACUCUGUCAGCAGAAGUUGUUGACACAAAUCCUUACAGUCGUCUGAUGGCCCUAAAACGUAUGGGAAUAGUUGACAAUUAUGAAAAAAUUCGUACACUGACAGUAGCAAUAGUUGGUGUCGGUGGUGUCGGAAGCGUAACUGCCGAAAUGUUGACCCGUUGUGGUAUCGGCAAGCUCGUACUCUUUGAUUACGACAAAGUUGAACUAGCAAAUAUGAAUCGUUUAUUUUUUCAACCUCACCAAGUUGGUCUCAGUAAAGUUGACGCUGCUGCUCGAACUCUGACAUCAAUAAACCCAGAUGUUGAUAUCGAGACCCACAAUUAUAACAUAACAACUGUUGAUCAUUUCGAUGAAUUCAUGACAGCUAUAAGUAAAUCAAGUUUAAAUAACGGGCAAGUUGAUUUAUUGCUCAGCUGCGUUGAUAAUUUUGAAGCACGUAUGGCAAUAAAUACUGCCUGCAAUGAAUUAAAUUGCAAGUGGUUCGAAAGCGGGGUUUCAGAAAAUGCAGUAUCAGGUCAUAUACAAUUUAUAGUACCUGGGGAAUCAGCUUGCUUUGCUUGCGCACCACCCCUGGUUGUUGCAUCAAAAAUAGACGAGAAGACAUUGAAGAAAGAAGGCGUUUGCGCAGCAUCAUUGCCCACAACAAUGGGCAUCGUUGCUGGUUUUUUAACCCAAAAUGCUUUGAAAUAUUUGUUAAAUUUCGGUAACACUUCAUUUUAUCUUGGAUACAACGCGAUGGAUGAUUUUUUUCCUUCGAUGGUACUGCGUCCUAAUCCUAAUUGCGAUGAUCAGUAUUGUCGUCAGAGGCAGCUGGAGUAUCAGGCUCAGCCUAAGGAAGAAAUUGCUGUUGAGGCUGUCGAAGAACCGCCGAUUCAUGAAGAUAACGACUGGGGUAUUUCGCUUAUUGAUGAGACCGCUGCUGUUGCUGAAGAAGAAAACAUCAAAGGAUUGUGUCAAGGUGUCAGACAAGCUUACGUGCUGCCAGAUCCUGUCGUUGACAAUGAAAAUGUCGUCGAUGCCAGUGCUCUGAGUCUUGAAGAACUGAUGGCUACUAUGAAAAAUAUUUAAAUUUAAUAAUUAUAUUUAUUAUUGAGCUGGUGUAUAGAGAUUUUUUAUUAUUUUUGCUGUAAUUAUUUUAAAAAUUUAUAAUUAAUUUUUUUUUUAAAUAAAAAAAAAUUAGCUUUGAUAAAUUUUCAUUGAUUUUUAAUAAAAAUUUAUAAAAUAUUAAUAAUUUGUUAUUUUUGAAUAUCAAAAAAUUUCCCGCGUAAAUAUUUAAACGCAUGCGCUCAAGUUUUUGUGGCGGUUGCGUUGAUUUUUAAACUUCCCAAGAAUCAAAAUGGCGUCGCACAAAUAUAUCACGUUAAUAUAACGAUUGUUUAUACUUUUACCGGCAUGUUUGUACAUAAAUUAUGUAUUUAAAAUAAAUAAAUUAAUAAUUUUAAAUUAAUUAAGAAAAUUUAAUUAAAAGAAAAAAGAAUUUUAUUAAAUUAUAAAAAUAUUCAAAUAAGUGUAGCGGUAA